AUGAAAAAACAUACUGGAGAAAAACCUUUUUCGUGUAAUAUCUGUGGAUAUAAAUGUAUUGAUAAAAGUAAUUUGUGGUAUCAUAUGAAAAUUCAUACUGCAGAAAAACCUUUUUCGUGUCAUAUCUGUAAAUAUCAAUGUAUUCAAAAAAGUCAAUUGCAAUCACAUAUGAAAAUACAUACUGGAGAAAAACCUUUUUCAUGUAAUAUCUGUGAAUAUAAAUGUAUUCAAAAAAGUGAUUUGCAAAAGCAUAUGAAAAUACAUACUGGAGAAAAACCUUUUUCGUGUAAUAUCUGUGGAUAUAAAUGUAUUGAUAAAAGUAAUUUGUGGUAUCAUAUGAAAAUUCAUACUGCAGAAAAACCUUUUUCGUGUGACAUCUGUAAAUAUCAAUGCAUUCGAAAAAGUCAAUUGCAAUCACAUAUGAAAAUACAUACUGGAGAAAAACCUUUUUCAUGUAAUAUCUGUGAAUAUCAAUGUGUAGAAAAAAGGUAUUUGCAAAAGCAUAUGAAAAUACAUACUGGAAAAAAACCUUUUUCAUGUAAUAUCUGUGAAUAUAAAUGUGUAGAAAAAAGUUAUUUGCAAAAGCAUAUGAAAAUACAUACUGGAAAAAAACCUUUUUCAUGUAAUAUCUGUGAAUAUAAAUGUAUAGAGAAAAGUAGUUUGCAAAGGCAUAUGAAAAUACAUACUGGAGAAAAACCUUUUUCAUGUAAUAUCUGUGAAUAUAAAUGUAUUCAAAAAAGUGAUUUGCAAACACACAUGAAAAUACAUACUGGAGAAAAACCUUUUUCGUGUCAUAUCUGUAAAUAUCAAUGCAUUCGAAAAAUUGAUUUGCAAAGGCAUAUGAAAAUACAUACUGGAGAAAAACCUUUUUCGUGUCAUAUCUGUGAAUAUAAAUGUAUAGAGAAAAGUAGUUUGCAAAGGCAUAUGAAAACACACACUUGA